UUCAGGCUUCACGUACUGGAUCGCCGUGAGAUAAUUGCUAUUUCUUUACAUUGUUUGUUGUGUAUUAAAAAGUAAGAAUUCGACAAAAUAAAAUAACUAUCAGUCAAAAUGAUGGACGCCCCACCUAAGUAUGCUCUUAUCAAGUGGCUUGGUGGUACAGAUAAAGGAAAGUACACACCCGAUAUACCCACAGAGUGGAUCAAGGACUUUAAUUAUGGUGCGUAUUUAGCCACUGACCCUGAUGAUCAAGAGUCAUACAUUGUCAAGUGGCAUGAAGGGAGUGAACCAUUGGGAGGCUGGCCCUGCUACGAUGGUGAAAUUAUUCAAUUAUCAGAUCGAAAAACAGUGUGUGAGAGACUCUUCAAAACACUGAAAGGCGUUGCGUCUCCAAAUUUGAAGAUUAACCAUGAUGAAAAACACACUAACAACGCGAGCUUUCAAGUAUUGAAUGAUGACCCAGUAUUGAAUGAUGAAGAUUCAGAACGAUCAUCUACGAGUGACUCUGAAGAUGUCAACAGCACCCCUUCAACAGAGCUCGAUAGUAUUCUACCAAUGAGUGUCACCCAGAAACAGCUAGAUAUGAAUUUACAAGAAAGUGAUGAUACUGUCUCGCAGAAUGGCAGAAUUCUGGACCGAAGCAAGAGUAAAAGAAGCCGGGAAGAACCUAAUCUCUCCGCCCACGUCAACAAAAAAGUCAAAGGCCACGGUGAAAAUCAGCAAUCAUCGAUCGAUGCAAUCCUAAAUGUUGUUACAUCUAUGCAAAAUCAGAUCGACAAGCUUACAAACAAAGAAAAUGUUCUAGUGAAUGUAAAUAUGUCAUCCUCUCCUUCGAGAAACAGAGACGAUGAAGAACGAGAUGAGAAAGACAAGGACGUUGAGAUCGGAAAGAGAGGAAGUGGCGUUAUUAUUAAUAAAGGCCAGUGGGAUUACGCAAUUGCCCAAAGUACAGCAUCGUGUAUGGCUACUCCCUUGAAUGAUGUACUAUUCCCCUACGAAGUUUUAUUGACAAGCAAUUUACGUGGUGGAGCUCGAAAAAUGAAACCAGUGGCAGGGAUUGCCCAACCAGAAAGGCAUGAAGCUCGUGACAAAAAGAUUAUUAAAGAGGUUUUCGAUACCGUUGAGAGACAUCAGACAAAGACCUUCAAUUCAACACUCGUCGGUAAAGCUAGUAAUGACCAUUUAAAUUAUCUCCGAGCACAAAAGAGAAAAAAUGAUCUCCUUGAGCAACGACUGAUAGAAGGGACAAGUCAAGUAUCAACGAACCACACGCCCACUAAUCCGACAAAGAAGUAGUAAGACGUGAUGAUAACUUUAUAAAUUCCUAGAAGAACUUAUGCUUGAAAAUAAAAUAAUUACGCAAAUUAUUUGUUCUACAAUAAUCGAUACAUGAUAAUCGAUACAGUUCAACUUGAUUUGUUCAACAAAUUAUUACUACUCAAUUUUCAACGUUUGUGAAGUCGAUAGAAUAAUACAUAACUCUAUCUCAUGGCUGUUACUACUAAUUCCAAUGAGUUAUCAUCAAAAGUAGUUUUUAGCGUUUUUUCGACCGUGAUAUAACACGUGAUGUGAUGUAGUCAUUAUCCAGAAUAUUUCAAGUUUAUUACUUCGUUCAAUUUAUUAUUUAAAGUUUAUUGGCUAUGACUUUUGGGGACCCUGGUCCACAAUGACUUGGCCGUGCGGUCAACUUAAGUUAUCACUUUAGGUCCUACUUUAAGAUAAAAUCGUUUAUUAUUCCUAAGAUUAUUGACAUCAAAAGAGUCUAUCAAAUUCCAUAAUACCUAACUCUAUGUCAUCACUGGUGCUGACAAUAUUUACCAAAUGUUAUUAAGGUUUUGCGCCUCAUUUUAAACACAUUGAAAUUUUAUAUGGUUCUUGCGGAAAAAAUGAAGCAUCAUUACGGAGAUUGAAUGUUUUUCAGGGUUUCUGAUGCACAUCAGACAUCAUCUCAUUGUUAUUACUAGUCGUAAUUACUAAAUGUUGAUAAGGAGAUCUUAAAAUCGUUUUGUCAGUUAAUUUGAAUAAUUCAUCAUAUGUUGAGACGAUAAGAAAAUGAUUCUGUCGCAUAUAUUGUUGUUAAAAAAAGCAUCGUCUAUUAUGGUAAUAGCAUUAAGUGCGUGAUUCUUUAGACAAGUGAUGCUGUUGGUAAUAGUUGUACCAGAUAUUAUUAGGAUUUAUGAUCAUUAUAUGGUUUAAUUGGAACCCGUCUUCAUUUCAUAUUAUUUUUCAUACACACGAUAUACUAAGAGAAUAAAAAAAAGUAUUCAUGUAUUAAACAUAUAU